CCACCGGCAUGAACAUGUUGGGGGACCGAAAGAUGAUCGUGACGUGGUGAUUGGUCACAAGCAAAAUAGCAUCUUCCAGACUACUACACUCCACUGGGAUUAAGUAUUUUCGGAUUUAAAUCCAAAAGAAGGACGAUAUCUGUUUUCCUAAGAAAAUACAUAGUUUAUUCCGUUUGUUAUUUUAAUUGAGCAAUUCUUCACCAACUUAACGGAUCAUCCUGCCUGUUGGGACGUGUCAGUCGAGAAGGAUCCAACGGCACCAUGAAACUGUACAGCCUCAGCAUCCUUUAUAAAGGAGUCACCAAAUCCAACCUUCUCAAGGCGGCCUACGACCUCUCCUCCUUCGGCUUCUUUCAAAAAUCUAGCGUCCAGGAGUUUAUGACCUUCACCAGUGCUUUGAUUGUUGAACGGACAACAGUUGGAAGUCGUGCCUCUGUCAAAGAACAAGAGUAUCUGUGCCAUGUGUAUGUGAGGAAUGACAACCUAGGUGCGGUGGUCAUCGCAGACUAUGAAUACCCACAGAGAGUCUGCUUCACAUUGCUCGAAAAGGUGUUAGAAGAGUUCUCCAGGCAGGUAGACAGUAUAGACUGGCCCUCUGGGAACCCUGACACCAUUAACUACAAAGCCCUAGACAUUCACUUGUCCAAAUACCAGAACCCCAAGGAAGCAGAUGCAAUGACCAAAGUGCAGGCAGAGCUGGACGACACAAAAAUAAUUUUGCACAAAACAAUGGAGAGUCUGUUGGACCGAGGAGAAAAACUGGAUGAUCUUGUGGCCAAGUCAGAGCACCUGGGGACCCAAUCCAAAGCCUUUUAUAAGACCGCACGGAAACAGAACUCAUGCUGCGAAAUCAUGUGAUGCUGCUGCCUUGUCUCUGUGGACAUGCCUCUCUCUGCCUUUCUGCUCAAUCUGGUCCUACAUCCCCCAUCAAGCACCAGCAACACUCGCUCAACACGACAGACGUCACAUUGAAGGGUGGCAAAUUUGCUGCCAGCCAGCUGCGUCAGGACCUCUCUGAUUUUGGACUAAUGGGGGCUUAAGGAGUGAUGGCGUUGGUGUCAGCGGAACCUUUGUUGAGCUUUAAUAGCGGAUGAGGACGUGGUAGCGUGACCGUGUAUUAUGGUGAUGUAUUGCUGAAACCAUUUAUUCUUAUUUCGAUUGAAUUACCGUAUUGACACAAAUAUAAGACGACUCUUAUUUUCAAAAGACAAAGUUACAAUAUAAAUAUUUUUGUGGGUAUCAGAUUUGUCAGCUGGUCGGUUACAAUAAAAAAUGUCACAUUUCUUAGUUGUUCAACAGUUGUUUGAUGACACAGCUUCGUUAUUCAGCGUUAACCUAAAAUUAGCAUCAUUACAUCUGCAUCACUCCUGGUCAUUGGUGUGUGUAAGUGAUGGGGGAAAAAGAUCUGAUUCACUUGGGGAGAUGUCAUUUGGCGCCACCUUUUGGUUCACAUGCAAGAAAAAAUAAAUUUCUAGGGGAACAUGGUUAUGUUUUGAUCAAUACAGUACAUCUUAAAUUCCUAAUGCCUAAUAUACUUGUUUUUAAACAGUCUCAUGAAUGCUGUCAUACUUCACAAUGAAGUACUUCCAACAAAAAAUGACCACCUCAGGGCGCGUCUGUUAGACGUAAAUGUCUUAAUUGAAGUGGACAGUGACAGUUUUGUGAGAUGCCCUCUUAAAAAACAAAAAUGCUGGUUUGUUUUCUGUCUCAAGAUGUUCAUAUACAUUUUCAACAUUCCCACUGUGGUUGAUUGUGUAUAUUUGUGAGGUGAGUGUUGCCAUUGCAGUGUGACAAACAUGUAUAGGACCCAUUAUGAUGUUUUAAUUCUAGUAAGGACUACAGUGGAGCCUAAGUUGACCUUUUGUCCUAAACCACUAACAUUUUGGCUGCAAAAUUCGAGGUGCGACAUUGAAGCAUUGGUUACUAUCUGCCAUUUUUUCCAAACUAAUCUGAAUUCGAACUGUUCUGCUUAUAAUUUAAACAUGCAGAUAUGCCUUUGGUUUUAGAUGUUCCUAUGUGCUUUCUGCACUAUGUAUGCGUGUGCAACUUAUCUUGUCAGAGUAUGUGGCUUUUACAGUGUAAACUGUUGUGCAAUAUUGCUGCAGACUUGUGUACACAAGUCUUAUGUCUAAUUCCCCCUACAUAAAGCCUGUGCAGGGUUGAUUCUUGACUUAAACACUUGUCCGUACUGUAUUAACUUUUGGUUUUAUUUAGGUUCAAAUUGGCCAUUCAUUAUUAAAUACAUUUGUAAAAAUGG